AUGAGCAGCCUUGAAACAUUCGAAUUCGACGGUGCCGCAUACUGUGCCAUGGAAUACCUUUGGCGUGGAACCUUAUGGGCGCGUAUACGUCGCAACGGCUGUUUGGAUGUUGACACGACAAAAGUAUACGCCCUUCAGGUGGCGGAGGCCAUAGGUGCAAUUCAUGGAGAAGGGAUUGCACACCGCGACGUUACUUCUAGCAACAUUAUGGUCGCGGUAUCGGGAAAUCUGAAGUUAAUCGAUUUUAACCUCUGCAAAAUUUUGCAGAACGGCAACACGCGAAUGAAUUCGUUCUUAGGUACCUACUCGAUUAUGCCACCCGAGGUACUGAAAUGUCACCAGCACCCGAAAUUGGGAUCUGACAGUGCCUCGUACACAAAAGAGGUCGAUUGGUGGUAUUUUGGGGCUCUCGUCUAUGAGAUGCUCACGGGGUACGUGGCGGUGCCAUAA